UCCGGGAGCGCGCACCGCUGGGAGCCGCGGUCGGGGGCGCGCAGGCCGGCGUCUCCAGCUGCGGUGGCAGCGAUGGCGGCGGCGGCCUCGCAACGAGACCCGGGGGACUGGCAAGACUUCUCGGGCUUCCAGCCCUCAACGGGAAGCGGCCCCGAAGCUUCCCGCGACAAAGGCGGCUGGGGCGGCGGGGAUCUCGGGGCGAAGCUGUCCCUAUGUUUCGAGCCCCCGCAGCCCCGGGCUGGUGGCUGCGAGAGCCGCGUUCCGCUGCGGCCCCUCACGGAGCAGAACGCCCUGCAGGACGAUGAGAUUUGGAAUGCUCUGACUGAUAAUUAUGGUAAUGUAAUGCCUGUUGACUGGAAGUCUUCCCACACCAGGGCUUUGCACUUGCCAACGCUGAAUCUUUCAGAAAAAGGGGUAAAUGAUAAUUUGAACCUUGACCUGUCAGAUGAUGAAGAGCUGAGAGAACAAUUGGAUAUGCAUUCUAUAAUUGUUUCCUGCAUCAAUGAUGAACCACUCUUCACAGCAGAACAGGUGAUUGAAGAAAUAGAGGAAAUGAUGCAGGAAUCACCCGAUCCAGAAGAUGAUGAAACACCCACACAAUCAGAUCGGCUCUCCAUACUUUCCCAGGAAAUUCAGACACUCAAGAGAUCCAGUACAAACAACAGCUAUGAAGAGAGAGUAAAAAGACUGACUGUUGCUGAGUUAAAUGAACUGCUAGAAGAAAUUGAGACUGCUAUCAAGGAUUAUUCUGAGGAACUGGUACAGCAGUUGGCUCUACGAGAUGAGUUGGAGUUUGAGAAGGAAGUGAAAAACAGCUUCAUUUCUGUCCUUAUUGAAGUACAAAACAAGCAGAGAGAACACAAAGAAACAGCAAAGAAGAAAAAGAAGCUGAAAAAUGGUAGUCCUCAGAACGGCAAACAAGAGAGAGGUCAUAUGCCUGGAACACGCUUCAGCAUGGAAGGGAUCUCAAAUGUCAUACAGAAUGGCUUCCGCCACACGUUUGGAAACUCAGGUGGAGAGAAACAGUACUUAACAACUGUGAUUCCUUAUGAGAAGAAAAAUGGGCCCCCCUCUGUUGAAGACCUUCAAACAUUAACUAAAAUCUUACAUGCCAUGAAAGAGGAUAGUGAGAAAGUGCCAAGCUUGUUAACAGACUAUAUUUUAAAGGUUCUGUGUCCUACAUGAAGAGGGCUGCCUUUCAGAAUUAAUGAUACUCCUUCCUGUAAUGAGAAGCUUUCCAUGGAUAUAACUCAGUAUUUUGUCAUUUGGCACUAUAUCUAAACCAGUAUGUAUUUACCUCUUCUCUUAUGUGUGUGGAUUUUCUGAUUCUACAGUAAGUCUUCUGAGCAUGACAACUCAUCCAUUUUAACUUAAUAGUGCAAUGAACUGGAGCAGGGAACAAACAUUGUACAGUUUUACUCACAUUCUUCUGGCUUUUAAAGUCUAUUUUUACAUUGUGUAGCAUCUAGUAAAUUCUCCUGCACAUUUUGUUGUUGGAAGGAGAAAUAAACUUUGAAUAGUGUAAAUAAAAUAAGCCUAGUUUUAAGGAAUCUGUGCUUAAUAGCAUCCUUAGUUCUUAUAGCAAAGAUCUGGAAAGGAUUGUAAUUGGGCUAUGACUAAAAGAUUCAGGUGAGUUCUCCAGGAACUCCAAAGCAGUGUUGGUGGAAGUCAGCAUUCAGAACUUCUUUUAAUAAAGAAAUUUUGCUUGAACUAUUCAACAGUGUAUUGUUCACACAGUGAACAAAUCCAGAUUCUUUGAUGGUUUGAGAAAAGUAAUUGGUGUGUUGCCUGUCCUUGUUAUCUUCACACAAACACCUGAAUAAUGUAAUAUUUCAUCCUUGUUUUUGUUUUAAUUACUAAUGUUCAUGUGGCUUAGAUAUCCUCUCAUCUUGCUGCUAUAAUUUUACUGUUUUUAAUAAGUGUUUGAUCUUAAUGAAAAUGCUUGUGUGUAAACUUUUAAAAAGGCUAUAUCUUUUUAAAAAUACAUGUACAGUUUGAAAAACUUGAACAUGGGUUCCCAGCUAGUAUUAUAUUGAGAUGUUGGUUGUUGUGUAUCUAAAUUUUACUACAAAUCUCUCUUGUAAAUUGUAUGCACUGACUCCUCUGCGAUGAUAUAUAUGCAUUCAAACAGAUGAGAAUGUAUUUUAUGAGUCCUGUACAGCAUACCCCAUAAUCUCAGCACUGAAUACCUGUAACAAAUAAUUUUGCCAGUCUUAAAGAUCAGAUUGAAAUAUAAGGAUUACUAAUAACAGUAAAGGAAUCACCAUUGAUUGUACACCCAGAUUUAUAUAGUUUCUAUGUGAAGGCUCUGGAAGAUGAGGUUUUUAAAGAGAUGAACAUGUAUUUUCUUCAAACAUUUUUUUAUUUCAGGUCUUCACCCUUUUUGUUAGUUGAGGUCAAUUUGCUCCUGUAUACCUUGUGCCACUGCUUUAAUACUCAUUUUAUCAUCGUAACCAAAUACUCGUUUUCAUCUGUAAAACACAUUCUCUUUGAAAACAGUUUUCAGAAUGCUUCUCUUUUUUCUAAAGGCCUCAAUAUUUUUGUCUCUUGUGCCUUUUUCAGCCAGUGAAGUUCUCAGCUAAAAAAUUUUUCUUCCUCCCUGUCCCCUCACUUGACCACCAGUAGUUCCUUGCCAGCCUGCUCAGGGAUAAUAGAUCCUCUGCAUAAGUGUGUCAUAUGUGAGGAAUUUUGGUUGUUGUUGCUUUAUUCUACUUAAUUUGUUGUUUCUGUAACAAGAAAGCUUCCAUUUGUUUCUCUAGCUGAUGUGUUCUGAACUCCUUAUGGUGUGCUUUUUCUAUAGAAGCUCUUGAUGUUGACUGUUGAUGCCUGGUACCUGGCAAAGGGGUUACCCUUCUUUGCUUAAUUUUUUUAAAAAAGAAAGACCACAUCUCACAGUGAGAUCAAUUCAGAGGUUUUUCAAUCUGCUUUUGAGGCUCAAGGUGACAAGAUUAAACAAAAGAAAAAUUUUGUGGUGUUGUAGCAAAUCUUGAAUGACUUCAAAUUGCAAAAUACUCAAAGAACUGGGAGAAAAAAAGAAGCUUGAAAGAAAGAAGAAAACCCAACACUAAAGACCAGAAACAGCUUCAGUGAGGUCAGCAUCUGCCUGAGCAUCAGACUAAACAUUUUAUGAAUAGUACCUGUUCAACUUGUAUGUAGAAUCCUGGCAUUACACAGCAGCUGCCAAAAAUGGCAAAUACUGUAUAUUUACGCACCUUUAUAUGUACAUGAAAAAUAGAUUACAAAACAGAGGAAUAAAAAAAAAACCCAUGCAAAUCUGC